AUGGAGCUCACCUCAGCCCCUCUCCACAAAGGACAGGUCUCCUGGAGGGGACUCCUGCUCACCGUCUCUCUUUUAACCCACUGGAACUCUCCCACCACUGCCAAAUACAUCACUCUUGAAGCAGUUCCAUCCAUUUUUGCUGUAAGGAAUAACGUUCUUCUAGUUGCCCACAGUCAGCCGUCACAAUACACUGUCUUCUGGUUCAUGGAAGAAAACUCUGUGAAGCAUGACAUAGCCUCAGAGGUCCUUGCAAGAAACAGAGGUACCACACAGGGCAAUCAUCUGUCUGUGGUCAGCACAGCACCGCUACCCAAGUCCAGCAUCACAACCAACAAUUCCACUCCCAUGGAGGGUGAAGACUCAGUAGCAUUAAUGUGUGAGCCUAAGACUCAGAAUACAGCCUACCUGUGGAGGAUAAACGGCCAAAGCCUCUCAGAAGAGGACAGGCUGAAGCUGUCUGAGGACAACAGGACUCUCACUUUACUCAUCCCUGCAAGGAGAGAGGAUUCAGGGGACUAUCAGUGUGAGGUAUCCAAUCCACUCAGUUCCAAGAUGAGUGACCCAUUCCAGCUGGAUGUAAUAGCACUGCUAUCCAAGCCCAGCAUCACAACCAACAAUUCCAAUCCCUUGGAGGGUGAGGACUCAGUAGCAUUAAUGUGUGAGCCUGAGACUCAGAAUACAGCCUACCUGUGGAGAAUAAAUGACCAAAGCCUCUCAGAAGAGGACAAGGUGAAGCUGUCUAUGGACAACAGGACUCUUACUUUACUCAGUGCUGUGAGGACUGACACAGGACCCUAUGAAUGUGAACGGAACCCAGUGAGUGCCUCCCCAAGUGACCCAUUCUCUCUGAACAUUACCUAUUAUCCAGAUGUCCUGAUCAUAUCCUUCUCAAAUAUUCAUUUCCAUUCAAGAACAAACCUCACAUCUCUUGCCAUACAUGCAAACCCGCCAGCACAGUACUCUUGGUUUGUCAAUGGAGAGCUCCAGUCAUCCUCCUAAGAGCGCUUUAUCCCCAAUAUCAAUACUAAUAAUAGUGAAUCCUAUUCUUGCCUCAUCUGUAACAUUUUUCCUGGAGUCAAUAGGACCACAGUGAAGCAAAUUAUAGUCUUAGAACCAGUGACUCCAGCCUCCAUACAAGUCACCAACACCACAUUUGAAGAUAAGCUCUCUGUGUUCCUGACCUGCUUGUCAAACGACACUGGGAUCUCUGUCCAUUGGAUCUUCAAAGGCCAGAGUGUGGAGCUCACAGACAGGAUGAAGCUGUCCAAGAACAACAGCACCCUCCUAAUAUACUCUGUGAGGAAUGAGGAUUCUUGGAUCUAUCAGUGUGAAGUAUCCAAUCAAGUCAGUUCAAAGAGGAGUGAUGCCAUCCAACUGGACAUUACACAUGAAUGA